AUAGCAUAGCCCUAAGCAAAAGCUAAAGCGGUGGUCUUUCCAUAGUCUUCUUCACUCGUUUUAUCCCAAGAAAAGAGAAACACACACCAAACUCAAAGCUCAAAGCUCAAACGAGGAAAAUAAAAGGAAAAGAUGGCGCUGGACGCUCUCUCGGCCAACGACCUCCUCAACUUCAUCAUCUACGACACCUUCUCCGCCACCCCCUACGGCUCCCACGACUCCUCCGACACCACCUUCUUCGACAGCCACCACCACCUCGCUCAGCAACCCCAUCAAGAACAAGCUGCUGCUGCCGGUUCUUGCUCCCUGCAGGCCAACUCCAACAGCGGCUCUCCUCCACCGCCGCCGCCGGCGCCUCCUCCACCGCAGCAGAACCGGCGAGCGAGGUCCGGGGAGAGGAGGGCGGCCAGCCUGGGGGCGGCGGCGCAGGGGAGGAAGAAGCGGAAGAGGAGGGCGAGGGUGUCCAAGAACAAGGAGGAGGCGGAGACGCAGAGGAUGACCCACAUUGCCGUCGAGAGGAAUCGCCGGAAGCAGAUGAACGAGCACUUGGCCGUCCUCAGGGCCUUGAUGCCCGAGUCCUAUGUCCAAAGGGGUGACCAAGCCUCCAUAGUUGGUGGAGCCAUUGAGUUCGUCAAGGAGCUAGAGCAUCUCCUGCAGUCCCUUGAAGCCCAAAAGCUCCAACUUUCACAACACCAAGCAGGACAAGACAUCACCAAUGAAGAAGCGGACACGACCAACAACACCAACAAUGAUGGUCCCUCCAAAAUCCUGCAACCCCCAUUUUCACAGUUUUUCAUGUACCCUCAAUACACAUGGUCUCAAGCCCCCAACAAGUACACAGCCUCCUCCACUUCAACCGCCAGAGCGGCCAUCGCCGACAUCGAGGUCACCCUCAUCGAGACCCAUGCGAGCCUCAGGAUCCUCUCAAGGAGGAACCCUCGACAGCUCUCAAGGUUGAUUGCGGGAUUUCACACGCUCCACCUCAAUAUCCUCCACCUCAAUGUAACCACAUUGGACCCUCUCGUCCUCUACUCAAUCAGUGCCAAGGUUGAAGAAGGGUGCCAGCUCACCUCAGUAGAUGACAUAGCAGGAGCUGUCCACCACAUGCUCAGAAUAAUUGAGGAAGGCAGUGAAAUUUGUUGAUAUUUUUACAUUAGGCUGCCUGGAUUGCCCUUUGGUUCCAGCUGAAAUAACCAGGAUCCCCACCCCUCUUUUCUUUUCCUUUCCUCUUUUUUCUUUUAUGGGGUUCCUUUCUCUUGCAACUAGAGUUUCUCUCUGUUUAUCUAUAUGUAACGAAUGUAUUAAUUGGUUCUUUCA